AUGCUCUCUUUCAACCUCAAAUUGGCCGUUUUGGCCCUUAUUGCCAUAUGCACAAUCUUAUCUGCCGUUCAAGCUGAUAUCACCGCAGACCCCAAACAAAAAAUUCCCAAGAAGCUUGGUCCAGAUGAGGGUGCUAUUUUGAUCGUGGGUAAUGUGCAAGAUAUUGCGAUUUCUGCAAGCAAUGUUGGUGCAAACAAUGGAACAGCUGGUUCAAAACAAGCAAACCCAUCAAGUGCAGUCUGUCACGGAGUAAUUGAUGAUAAAGCUGGAACAUACCAAGGUCCUUGUCUUGUUGAAGUGAAAGAUCAAAAUCAAGUUUUCCAUGCUCAAUGCUUGAAAGGUAAAGGUUCUGCUUCAAUUAGCUUUUUUAAAGAGGGCUCAGGUGAUAAAACUGCCGAAGUCCAAGCCGUGGAUGGCAUGUAUGCUGGCUUCAGCAGCAAAAAACCUUUAAAGCAAGGCACUUCCGAUUCUAAGAAGAAAGGUGUCAAAGUGAUCCUCAAUUGCGAUAAUGACAAGAGCCUCAAUUAA